AUGGAGAGGCCCACGACCCCGAUUCCUGCUUCCCCAAGGCCGUCCCCGGUUGCGGCGGCGGCGCCGCCGCCGCCGACCAUCUUCGUGCAAGCGGAGCCGCAUACGUUCCGGGACCUGGUGCAGAAGCACACCGGAGCUCCGCCGGCCGACAAGCUCCCCGUCGCGGCGCCCCCCGCGCGCUCCGCCGUCGGCCCCCGUCGCCCCGCCUUCAAGCUCCAGGAGAGGCGGCCCAGCGUGAGGAAGCUCGAGAUCAAGCUCGGCCUCACCUCGCUCCACCAGGCCCAACCCUCGCCGAGGUCCCCCCAGGCGCCGCCGACUCCCCGGCAGCAGUACCUGCUGCUCGCCGCCGCAGGGGCCCCCGCGGCGUCGUUCCCCAGUCCGGUGACCCCCCUCUGGGCGGCGCCGCUCUUCUCUCCCGCGGCCUCUGACGAAGAUCGGGCCAUCGCAGAGAAAGGGUUCUAUCUCCACCCCUCUCCCCGCGGCGGGUCCGAUCCACCGGAGCUCCUCCCUCUGUUCCCUCUCGCCUCCCUCCGGCAGGCGGACGACGGCGAGCAGAACCAGAGCAAGAACCAGAACCAGCGGCAGCGGGGGGAAGAUGGGCGGCCUGACUCCGCCACCCCGUGGGCUGACGCAUAG